ACCUACUAGUACUCCAUAACGUUACCAUUACCAACUGCUCCUUGCCGCGGCCGCCUUCGCUGACUCUACUGAAGCAUGCGGCGAAUUCCACGGAUUGCGACUACGUUGAUGUGCAUCCUUGCAUUGCUCAUCCACGUGACCGAUGCUGUGCCAGGAAAGGACUGCGCCAAGACGCAGUGCACCAACAAAGCCAACUGGGGUGGCUUCAUCAAGAACUCGAAUGGCGCCACCUCCUGCCGAUGUAGCGACGGCCCCACUUGCGAUUGUUUCCAAGGAGCACCAAAGUUCUUCUUGUGUUUGUCGUAUGCCGGUGAAGUGCUGGUGGGGAACCCAGCCGAUGCCGAGAAUUGCCCCGUCGGCCAAGUCGAUUGCCGUACGAUGACAACGACGAUCUCCGUUGACUUGUCCCACCUGACACACUUCUCGAUAGGAAACUGCAAUGCCACCACCCCCACGGCUGCCCCAGUGGCAACGACGUCCGCACCGUCGGUGACGGCCACUCCGGGCGAAAACCCCAGCCCCGCGUCACCUUCCUCCAACGGCGGCAAUGGCGGCAGCGGCAGCAACAGCAGCAACAGCGGCGGCGGUGGGUCUAUUGCCACGACGAUCAACCCAGCCUCCAUACCCAUCGACACGACCCUCGUCCCAUGGCAGAUUGGUCUUGCGAUCGCGUCUGGCGUCCUCAUGCUGGUCGUCGUCGUGUGCGUCCUUGCGUCGUGGCGGAAGGCCUGUUCCGCCUCCCAAGCGGCCGACAAACACGCGAACGACGAUGCGCGCUUCUACCGCGACAACUAUCGGUCCCAAACGUUCCAGCAGUCGCAGCCGCCGCAGUCGGUCGCGUCCCAUCGACGCUCGUCCCUGGCGCAGUCCAUGCUGGACCACGCACCGUCAAAUCAGCAACCCCCGCGGGCGCCGCCGCCGGUGGCGUCGUUUUAAACGAUUUAACAUGUGUUCUUUUAUUAGC